GUUACUAGUUUUUUAAAAAUUUUAUACUUAAAAAUGAUUCUGAAUUCAAAAAUGAAUUAAAAAUUCUGCAAAAAAUAAUUUUUGUGGGACAAAUUAAAAGUUAUGACAUAAUUUAUUUUUAAAUAAAAUGUGUGCAGUUUGUUUUAUUAGGGAUAAAAAUCACAAAACGGUCAAAAUGACCGCUACGGACGUUCUAGUGUUAAGUCUUUUUCGUAACGCGAUUUAAGUCCCCAAACUGAAGUCGAUCUUAAACUUAGACUUAGGUCAUGGCUUAAGUCGGUGAUUUAAGUUUUUUAUAAUACGACCCCGUGGAGCUUGUUCUAGAAAAAAGCUCAAAUCUGAGUUAAGUGUAUAACUUAAGUGAAAAUGAGGCUUAGGUCUUUUUUGUGAAUUCGAUUUUUUAUCAUUUUUGACUUAAAAAUUUUUUCGUGAAACGAGCUCUUGAUCGAAAACGUAAUAUAGAUAAAAAAGUAGAGAAAGAGUCUUAGUUCUAUUCCGUUGUGAGCAAAUCAUUUUUACAGUUUAUCUUGAGUCAAAUAUGUUAAAUCUAGGCGACGUAGUCUAUCGACAAGAUAUGUCACGAUGGGCAUUUUCGAGUGAUCCAUUUUUAGCAGAGAAUUUCAUCCGCGGAGGAGGGAUGUACUUAACUGUAACAUUUUAUCGGAAUAAUGCUCUUACGAUAAACUCUUAAAAAUUAAGAUAUAUCGAAAUCCACGAAUCUAAUCGUGGAUUCGUAUUUAUCACAUAUCAUGGAAACUGUAUUCAUACAUUAUAUAGCAUGGUUUUUGAGAUGCUCUCCAUUAUUGUAUUCGGUUAAAUUGAUAACUAAUAAGUGUUACUAUACAUUAUUUCACUGCUAAAUAACAUCUAAUAUUUGGUUCAUUUUUGUAGCUUUUUGUAAUAGUUGAAAAUCUUUUGAUUGUUUUUAUCAUUAUUUUUUGUGUAACUACUCGAGUUUUGUUUCCAUAGUAUAAAGUUAUAAUUCACUAUUUUGUCGAAAAAAAUACCAAUAAUUUCUAAAACAUAAAAGAAUGCAUUUUUAUCAAUGGAUAAAAGAUGUUGACGAUAUUCUUUAGUCUACAAAGUACCACGUAUCUAAAGCGUAUUGUUUCUUCUCUGCAAUGAAUGAUAUUGUAGUAGCAAAGAAGUGUUUUCGAUGUCCAAAAAGACAACACAAAUUUUCAUCGAAAUUUAACGAUCGCUAUGGAGCAUCAAGCUUCUCAAAAAUACCAUUAUGUAGAAUGAAUGGUAUAGUUUUUUUUUAUUGAUUAUCUUCUGAUGGCUCCUAUGGAGUGGAUCUUUUAUGGUUGUGAUUUAGACUACCUAAAUAUUAAUUUUUUCUACUUUUGUCUUAUUUUCAGAACAAUGGGAUGGAGUUUUCCUGAUUUAAUUAUUAGAAAGCGUAUUCGUUUGACGGAUUUUUUUGUUGCCCUUACUGCUGGUAUUAUUGGAGGCGUUUAUACAUUCAGACCGGGCAUCCUUGAAGCAAAGAAAGAAGCUGAAAAACGUGAAGUAUUAAAAGAAAUAACAAUCAGACGAGAACAGGAACAAUUAGCAAAAAGUGGCAAUGUCGAAGUUCAAAAUACUACCGCCUAA